CUUCAGACAGUUUCAGCGGCUCAAGCAAGUAGAGCUUUUGCAGCCACCAAGCGGUAGGCUUCGCACGCGGAUUAACAGAGCGUUUUUUUUAAGACGCACAGCACACAAUAAAGUAUAGAUAUCGAGUAAAUGCCAGCGCAUGCGAUAUAUAAUAACGCCCAGUUAGCUCACGCAGGCUAGCUAACUGUCGCGACAACGAUUCAUUGGAACGUAGUUCCAUCAGCGACCACCAUCGUCAUCAUACCCGCCGGUUGCAACGCACAGUGGCCCGCCGCUUUGUAACAAGUUUAGGAAAAAAGCGCAGAAGCGGCUUCGAAGAAAGUGGGACGACUCUUUCAGUAUCUCGGUGUUGGUUUACUUCCUGCGCUAAGGAAUGGGCGAACACUGCUAUCAAUGUGGGACCAGGAGCAAGUGGUGCAUUCGAUGCCGCCAGAAGUACUGCCGAGAAGCUUCGACGCAGACUGAUGAACGUAGUUCAGAGGUCUCGUUAUCCAAGUCUCUCGAGUCCGGCGACCUUGCUGAUGUGGAGUUCUAUGUUGAAUGCGGGCAUUUCCCAGACCAGCGUGAAACCUUCAAGGCGCAUAAGAUGAUCCUGGCUUUGCAGAGUGACGUGUUCAAGGCCAUGUUUUAUGGUGACUUCGCCAAGGAGGACCGCAUAGUCAUCACUGACUUGCACCCAGAGGGCGUCCGUGGCCUCUUGAGGUACUUCUACAGCGGCCGCCUGGAUGUGGUAAACGUGCACCAGGCCGCCUGCACCCGCACCGCUGCUUCCAAGUACCUCGUCCCGGAGCUGGCGGAGAAAUGCACCGAAUUCGUGCGCCGCUGCAUGCGGCUCGACGAUGUAUGUCCUCUCCUGGACUACGUUCUGACCAUGGGCGAAAAAGAUCUACACGCUCCCGCCGGUGACCUCAUCCGCAAGCAGAGUGCCGACGUGCUCUCCUCUUCAAAGUUCAAGUCCUCCACCGAGGCCACCGUGAAAUACGUGCUCGAACACGUUGCCAAUGUCUUUGAGGCAUCGGUGCUAAACGCCGUCUACGCCUGGACACGUCAGCAGUGCUCCAAGCGAUCCUCGGGUAACGGUAUCCCGGCUAAUGUCUUUCGGUCCGUCAUGAUGCCACUGUUCCCCCAACUGCGGUUUCUCGCGCUGACGGCGACGCAGUUCGUAGAAGGUCCCAGCACGUGGGGAAUCUUUACCGACGCAGAAGCACGGGCCAUUCUUAGCAAUAUCGUCAAAGAUCGCUCGAUGCCUAUGCCAAAGGGAUUCUGCGAGAUCCGUGAGCGCCGCGUGGGGAAAAUCAAAUCAUAUCAAAUCAGAUGAGAUUUUCCGUAAAAAAAAUGGAGUGAGGCCUGAACCAAAAGUGAGAACUAGUUCACUUGACGAAGGUUCAGGCCCCCGUUUACAUGACAGACAUCCAUGGUGACCAGGGUGAAAAUGCACAUAGUAAUUCAAUUCAUUCGUAAUCUAGCGGGCAGCGCAAUAACUAGCAGUAGCAGCGCAGAAACUCCUUUCUCUCCUCGUCGUUUGCGCAAAAGGUUGCGUUCGUGUCCUACCCAACAUGCCGAAACAGUCGCUACUUUCGAUACCCAUAUUCCAGAAGACUGGACAUUCGCACAUAACUUCACAUAUUUCGCGCGGUUUCAUUCGACCGCCUCACACAACGCUGCCAGUGUGUCUGUUGUUUCCGUCUACCUCUCUCCUUCAUUUUUCUUUCUUUUUUUGUACUCUAAAGCGUAUAUAUGAUGUACCUCUGCGCAGCAACGCGUUUUCCUCGAAACUUUGUCACAGGUGUCUUCUUUUCCUUCUCUUGUGUGCAAGUUACACAUCUGUAACGUUUCAUCUCUUUGGAGAGUUAGAACGUAUUGUUGCACAUAUGUUUUGAAGAGCUCGAAAUGUCUCUUUAUUGCAUAUGUCUAAUACAGUGCCGUGUAUGACGCAGAUAACGUUUGGUUGUGCAUAGGAAACACAGGUGUCAGAAAAGCGUACUUUUGAGACUUCGAGUGAUAAUUACCUGCCGGUCAACAAAUCGCCGACCAGCGCGCUUGGAACUACAUGUUGUCCAGGGAAACACUAGCAUAUCGAGUAUAUUUUUGCGCUCACCGACGCAAUGACUCUUUUCUCGGAACAGGAUCGAGCGCCGGGAGACGUUCUCUAGAAAGGCAAAAAAAUAAAUAAAAAAUAAAGUUUAAUCAACUUGCAUGAUGCACUGUACUGUUUUUCUAUUAACAUGCCCGCAUUAGAUUCCCAUUGUUGCAUCUGGGUCACAAGCCCCAAAGGUAGCGUUGGCCUGGCGGCCUGGGGCACAACUGGAAGCAUCCGAAGGUGCUGGCAAAGCAUGAGUAGACUGCUAACAGAACAACUUGUUUAUUCUAGCAUCGCAAAAGAGCGGCCGGUCAGGUCGACCGAAGUGGAGAGACGGGGGAGCACGUUACUCGACGGAAGAAAUCGGAGCCUCUCUCGGCGUCCGGGGGGGGGCACCUGCUUUUAUACUCUCGGAGUCGAAGGCAAGCAGGAGCGGCUUGGGAUGAGGCCACGUGACGGCGGUGCUCGGGCACGUUGAGACUAGGUGACGCAUCCGCCGGGCAGGCGCCGGUCAGACCGCCUCGCUUCACAGUUGGGGGAGCUCGUCUCCCCGGCUGCCGCGCUUUGACAAGCGUGGGCACCAACAUGCGCACACACGCGCACACGAAGACACGUGGCAUUGAAACAUGCCUGGACGCGCUUGGCGGGGAGGCGUUGCGGCAGCGCUGAACGGGCCAAAAUGUCCGCUGCUUUGAACGAAGCCCCGGCGUCCGUUGCAUCCGCGCCGGCUAUACCGCGCGUCGUAGGCGAAACGUAACACCAUUAUGGAUAAGUAGACGUCCUGAAUAAUGCAUUAUGGUGACACAGUAACUUAUCCGAACAGUGACAGAAAUUGUUUUUGAGGAUACGGAUAAAGGCGUAUGUUUCACAGGGACUGCACUGGCGGAUAAGGUUAAUCAGCAUUUCUUACAAUGUGGCGUGUCUGAUGCGUUUGACGCUGAUAGGCCAACUUACAGGUCUUAUAUUCCAUGCAUUAUGAGCAGGUCGGUAUUUCUUGCACCAACAGUUGAGGCUGAAAUAAGUGACGUGUUUCUAAAGCUAAAGAAUUCCACAGCAUGUCGUGUGGAUGGCGCAAAGGCAGAACCAAUAAAAGCUGUGGUGCUGCAUAUUUGUAAAGCAAUGUCCCACACAUGCUAUUUAAUUAUGUGUACUAGCGCAUUCCCCGAUGAAUGAAAGAUUACACGCACAUCGGUAUAUGUUUUAAAGGGGGAGACAGGAAUGACGUGAAUAACUACAGAACGAUUUCAUUCUCCCAAUCUUUUCCAAAGUAGUAGAGCAGGUCAUUAACGAAAGAAUUUUAAAUUUCCGUACCCAAAAUAUGAUAACAGAAAAGCAAUAUGGUUUCCGAAAACACCAAUGUACUGAAAUGGCGUUGCUGCACAUCAAAGAAAAAAUAAGCAACUUUGAGGACAAGUUGUACAGAACAGGAAUAUUUGUUAACUUUAAGAUGGCAUUCGAUUCCACUAAACACGAUAUCUUGUUACAAAGGUUAAAUGAGUGCGUCAUUAGGAGAAGUGCUCUUAACCUAAUUACAAAUUAUUUAGCCAACCGUACAGUACACAUACAUUUGUCAUUCCACAUCAACAAUGGGUUAAAUCAAAUACGGUGUUCCGCAGGGGUGCAUCCUAGGGCCACUUCUUUUUUUUUUAUACAUUAAUGACAUCAAAAACGUGCAUCUGAAAUCUGACAUAACCAUGUGUGCUGAUGACACUAUUAUCUUUUUUCUGGUGGAAAGUUUACUCUCGAGCAAGAAGCAAAUAUUUGGCUCAGUAAUCUUUCAGACUGGCUUAGACCAAAUAAGUUGGAAUUAAACACUAAAAGGACAGAAUACAUUAUUUUUCGGCCUCGUAACAAGAGUAUGGAUGAUAUCUUAGUAUUACAAUUCCGUGAUGAAUUCAUUAUACGUUCUACAUCCCAGAGGCUUCCUGGUGUUACGUUUGAAGAAAAUUUAAACUGGUCGAGUCAUGUCGGCAACAUUAAAACCAGCAUUGCAAGAUCCAUCGGUGUUAUUAAUAAAUUAAAACAUGUAUUACCUUCUAGAAUAAGAAACUAUUAUACUUUAGCGUAGUUCAUUCGCGCCUCAACUAUUGUUUAUCUGUCUGGUGCACCUCGACCAAAACCAACAUCCAUAGUUUACUAACCUUGCAGAAACACAUGAAUCAUGUAAUUCAGAAUGCAGCCUAUACAAGGGCACUCCACACCGCUUUUCAAGAAUUGCAUUUUAACAAUAGAAAACUUUAUUAACAAAAUAUAACCAUUGUGAUAUUUGAAGAGUUAAGACUAAAUGAAAGCGCCUUUUUUAGAGCAUACUUCCCGAAUGAACAUAAAUACAACACAAGGGCAAGAUUCGUACAAAUCACGGCAUGUAAAAGCAGACAUUCAUAGUUGCUGAUUUUCUGAAUCAUCACCCUGGCUUACUCACUAUAAUAAAUGAAUCACCGUCCCUAAACACUUAAAAAAAAUUAAACAUGUAUUUGUUGUCGCUUGAGGUAUGACUGUUCAUUCUUUUGUACACAAAUCGCAUUCAAUAUUUCUGUUGCGUAUUUCAUGUGCUUUUCAUUUUUUUUUGUGUAUGUAUCCACUUUGUGUACCAUGCUUGCGCUGUGUGCUUGAGUGUUUUAUGCACUGGGAACGGGUCGGGGAAAGGGACUGACACUUAGCCAGGCAUUCGUGCCUUUUCGUCAGCCUCUUUGACAGAUUCUUUGUAUAUUUUCUGUCAAAGUAAGCAUUCCUUGAGUAUAAUGAAAAAAGCAGCCGGAAUCCUACGUUA